AUGAUGACAGCUGAAACUUCACCGUCGUCUCAAUUGCCGGCUCAGUUCUUGGCGUACAAGCAAAAGGCGGAAGAACGCAAAGCACAGCCUGCCAAAAUGGGGAAUACCAACUGCUGGGGAUCCUUCAGCUUCCCACCCAUGAUGUCAGACCCUCGGACUUCGGUCAGUUCCGUUGCCCCUAAUGUUUCAACAAAUGACACCGCUUUCAGUUCCGAGAGAAGUUACGGAAGUAGCAAUGGGGGCAUUCAAGAACGACGUGCAUCUGGUGGCAUGUCGCCGAAUCAACAGAGUAACAACAACAGCAGCAAUAGCAAGAUUGCUUCCAUGUGGUCUAGCUUUUCGAAUAGACUCACAGGUUCAGAUCCUUCUGAAUCCCCGACUCAUUCGGCUGAAUUGAGUUCCAAAUCAGGCUUUCCUACCAACACUAAGAUGACCAAUGUGGAUCGUCUCAAAAGCAUGGCAGCAAGUAGUGUCCGCAAACCUGACAUUCCAGAUGCCGAACCAUCACCACCACCUGUCACCAUGACGACUCAGUCGUCUUAUCCCAGUUUGGCGUCGACUCGCUCGGAUGGGUCGUCGUCCUUGGAAUCCUCCUCGGCACAAUCAGGUCGGUUUUUCAAAUUCUUUGGCGGCGCCGGUAACAAUGCUCCCAAGAAGGCCACUGGCAUUGGAUCCCAUCAAGAUCCUGCCAUUGGAGAACUCAAAAACAAGAAAAAUGGCAAGGAUCCUAAUAAUAAUAAUGCCAAACCAGCCUCCUUCUUUUCGGCCAUGUCCACACAAAGUAAGGAUGCCGCCACGAAAAAGGAAAUUGACAUUGAAAAAUUGAAGCGUCUCAGGGAUCAAGCGGCUGGAUUGGUACCACGAUCACCCGGAGCCGUGGCAUUGGACGACAAGAAUCAUCAUCAUCAUCAUCACGACGAAACUGACUUGCAGAAAGAAUCCUCUUUGGAAAGUCAAAUUGACGAUUUGGAAAAAGAAAUGGGCAUUGCAGCAGCAGCAGCAAAAGAAGAAGAAGUACCACCCAAACUCCGCAUGGAUGGUUUUGACGAUGUUCACGAGGAGGAGGCGCCCAAGAAUUAUGCCGAAAUCAAAAUUUCUACCAUGACCGGGGUUGGAAAUACUCAAAUUCCAAAGAAACCGUCGUCUCCACCCAAGAAAAAGGUCUCGUCUCCUCUGGCAGCCGCAUUUAUUGGUUCUUCUCCCGAAACACAAAAGGGACUUUCGACGGCUGUCUAA